AUGUGGAAGAAAGGUGCAGAGAAAAUGAAAAAUGAGGUUUUAAAUGGGGUGGAAAAAGAAGAAGAGAUGCAGCAUCCAUAUGCAUUCCAUGUGUCUGGUCCUCGUAAUGUGUCUUCUCCAAACUGGAAGGAUCUCAUCAAUUCCAGUUGGAAGGAUGGUAAUUAUAAAAGGACAGUAAUUGCGUGUUUUAUACAAGCAGUGUACUUGCUUGAACUAGACAGACAAGAAUACCGAACAGGGGAAAAUGCUCUUGCCCCUAAGUGGUGGAUCCCUUUUAAGUACAAGCUGGUUGAAACCCUUGUAGACGAAAGAGAUGGAUCAAUUUUCGGGGCUAUACUGGAAUGGGAUCGUGCUGCAGCUUUAGCAGAAUUUGUACUCAUCAGACCGAAUGGAGCACCGAGGGCUGUUUUGGCACUUAGAGGAACACUGCUUAAAAGCCUGACAAUUAGACGGGACAUUGAGGACGAUCUCCGGUUCCUGGCUCUUGAAAGUUUGAAGGGAUCAUUCAGAUUCAGUUGCACUCUAAAGGCCUUGAAAUCGAUCGCUGAUAAAUACGGAAGCAGCAAUGUGUGUAUUGCUGGCCAUUCUUUGGGGGCCGGCUUUGCUCUCCAAGUCGGGAAAGCAUUAGCCAAAGAAGGAAUCCACGUGGAGGCGCAUUUGUUCAAUCCACCCUCGGUUUCAUUAGCCAUGAGUCUACGCAACAUCGGGGAAAAAUCUGGGGUCGUUUGGAAGAGGCUGAGGUCAAUGAUUACUUUGACUACUGAAACAAACGAAGAGGAAGCUAAAUCUAUUACUCUGGGAGCAAAGCAAUGGAUACCCCACUUAUAUGUAAACAAUAGCGACUACAUUUGUUGCUAUUAUACCGAUCCAGAUGGGACCAACAACAAAACUUCCGAUAAAGAAAAUGCAAAACCAGCAAAUGGACUGGUUCCCGCAAAACUUUUCGUUCUGUCGAAGGGGAAACAGAAGUUUCUCGAGGCUCACGGUUUGGAACAAUGGUGGUCUGAUGACUUGGAAUUGCAAAUGGCACUUAAUAACAGUAAGCUGAUUAGCAGGCAGUUGAAGUCCUUGUAUAGCCUCCCAUCUUCGCAACAAACACAAAGCAAGAGUUGA